AUGGAGAACAAGGGGACAGGGACGCCUCUGCCCACACCACACACCAAAGGGCGCCUGCAGUCCACGCUGGUCCUGACUACCCUAAGUGCAUCCUUUGGCUCAGUCUUCCAGUAUGGCUACAACAUCGCUGUGAUCAACACACCUCACAAGGUGGGCACGAGCAAUGGAUGGGGCCCUGUCUUCCAGGUCUUCAAAUCGUUUUACAAUGACACAUACUUUGAACGACACGGAAGAUUCAUGGACGAGAAUUCCCUGUUGCUCCUGUGGUCUUGCACUGUCUCCAUGUUCCCUCUGGGAGGCAUGUUCGGGUCCUUGAUUGUUGGUCUAAUGGUCAACAAGUGGGGCAGGAAAGGAACAUUGUUGAUCAACAAUAUCUUCGCAAUCACCCCUGCCAUCCUGAUGGGAGUCAGCAAAGUGGCCCGGGCAUUUGAGCUGAUCAUCUUGUCUCGAGUGCUGGUGGGGAUCUGUGCAGGCAUCUCCUACAGUGUUCUCCCCAUGUACCUGGGAGAACUGGCUCCCAAGAACCUGAGGGGUACAUUAGGGACAAUGACGGAGGUAUUUGUCAUCAUUGGAGUCCUCCUGGCACAGAUAUUCAGUCUGCAGUCCAUCCUGGGCAAUGCCACAGGCUGGCCGAUCCUCUUGGCUCUCACGGGGGUCCCUGCGCUGAUUCAGCUUCUCUCGCUGCCCUUCUUCCCCGAGAGCCCCCGUUACACUCUGAUUGAGAAAGGGGACGAAGAAACGGCAAGACAAGCUCUAAGGAGGCUGCGAGGUUGCAACGACGACGUGGAGGCCGAGUUGGAAGAAAUGCGCGAGGAGGAACGCAAGGAGCGAGCGGAGGGUCGCCUGUCCGUGCUCAACCUCUUCACCUUUCGGCCCUUGCGCUGGCAGCUGAUCUCUAUCAUCGUACUCAUGGCGGGUCAGCAGCUGUCUGGGAUCAACGCGGUCAACUACUAUGCGGAUAUCAUCUACACCUCAGCUGGCGUGGACCCCACCCAGACCCAGUACGUGAUAGUGGGCUCUGGUGUGAUCAACUUGGUGAUGACUGUUGUCUCGGCAGUCGUCGUGGAGCGUCUGGGGCGGCGGAUUCUCCUGCUGUCUGGCUACGGCAUCUGUGGCUCUGCCUGCCUGGUGCUGACUGUGACCCUCCUCUUUCAGAGCACAGUCCCUGAGCUGUCUUACCUUGGCAUCAUCUGCGUCUUCGCCUACAUCGUGGGACAUUCCAUAGGGCCCAGUCCUGUCCCCUCCGUGGUGAGGACAGAGAUCGUCCUGCAGUCCUCUCGGACAGCUGCCCUCACGGUAGAUGGAGCUGUGCACUGGCUCACCAACUUCAUUGUAGGCUUGGCUUUCCCAUCCAUCCAGGUGGCCAUCGGGGCUUACAGUUUUCUCAUUUUCACUGUUCUCUGCAUCCUCACUGCUGCUUAUAUCUACGUGGUAAUUCCUGAAACCAAGGGCAAGACAUUUGUGGAGAUAAACUGCGCUUUUGCCAAGAGAAAUGGGGUGGAGUUUCCAGAAGAGAAAGAAGUAACGGUGGCCGAGCCUCACACACCCUCUCUGCCUGGCACACAAACAUCCUUUUGA